GUUGAUACUUGAGCUUAGGGUGAAUAUCUCAUCUUUAUAAUUUGCAGCCCCAUCAACCUGUCUCCCGUCGAACUUUUCAAAGAAAAAUGACCUCUCCGUUGGUUGCCCUGAUAACCGCGGGCAGCGCUGGUCUCGGCGCUGCCACAGCCCGUCUCUUUGCCCGGAACGGCAUCCGCCUAGUCAUCAGCUACGACAGCAGCGGCCAAAGGGCCUAUGAACUUGUGGAAGAACUCACGAAUAUCUCCCCGCUAACAGCAGCUGGCACAGAUCGCCAGGACAACUACGUUGCUCUCAAGGCUGACUUGGCUGAAAAGGAUCAGAUCAGCCAACUUGUCGACAACACUAUAUGCAUCAUGGGCAAACUCGACAUUGUCUUCUCAAAUGGCACCUGGAUCCGUCUCCGAGACAUCAACGAUCUGGAUGACAACGUGAACGAGGAAGACUGGGAUACGUGCUUCAACAUGAACGUCAAGUCCCAUCUCUGGUUGAUGCACGCUGCGAAACCGUAUCUGGACCAAACGGAAGGUGUCUUCAUCACCACUGCUUGUUUGGCAGGUGUCAAAGUUGGCGGGAGUUCGCUUGCCUACUCCGUCACCAAGGCAGCGCAAAUACAUUUGGCCAAGGGAUUGGCACAGAUUGCGGCACCCAAAAUCAGAGUCAAUACUGUAUCUCCGGGUCUUAUGCUUACGGACUGUGGUCUUCAGUUUCCACCCGAAAAGCAAGAAGAAGCGAGGGAGAGAUCAAAGCUUAAGCGUUGGGAUGUUGCAGAGCAGGUACUCUGUUUCGUCAAGUCCAAAAGCGUAACAGGAGUGAACGCCAUUUUCGAUAGAGGAAUGGCACUCUGA